UUGUCGCUUGCAGCACUACACGCAACUCCCAGCAGCAAUUACAGCCAUGGCCAGCAAGAAAAUAGCUCUACUCAGCGUUUCGGAUAAGACAGGUCUACUGGACUUGGGCAAGCGUCUGGCUGCCCUAGGCUUUGAGCUGGUUGCCAGCGGUGGCACGGCCACAGCGCUACGCGCCGCAGGACUGGCUGUCAAGGAUGUGUCGGACAUCACUGGCGCACCAGAGAUGCUGGGUGGACGUGUCAAGACGCUGCAUCCAGCUGUGCAUGCCGGCAUACUCUCGCGCACCACUCCCAGCGAUCUGGCGGACAUGAAGCAGCAGCAAUAUGAGCUUAUACAGCUGGUCGUCUGCAAUCUGUAUCCAUUCAGCAGCACCAUAGCCAAGCCGGAUGUCACCUUGGCCGAUGCAGUGGAGAAUAUUGAUAUUGGUGGUGUUACCUUGCUGCGUGCAGCGGCCAAGAAUCAUCAGCGUGUAACCGUUGUCUGCGAGGCUGUGGAUUACGAACGCGUACUGGCGGAACUUGCGGCCAAGGGUGAGACCACGCUGGAGACUCGACAGGCGCUUGCUCUUAAGGCCUUUACGCACACGGCCAGCUAUGAUGACGCCAUCUCUGAUUACUUUAGAAAGCAAUAUGGCAGUGGUGUUUCGCAGCUGCAGCUGCGCUAUGGCAUGAAUCCCCAUCAGAAGCCAGCACAGCUGUAUACACAGUUGGCGCAGAUGCCGCUGUGUGUGGUGAAUGGUUCGCCUGGUUUUAUUAAUCUCUGCGACGCGCUUAACGGUUGGCAGCUGGUGCGUGAGCUGAAGCAGGCGCUCAAGCUGCCGGCGGCCACAAGCUUUAAGCAUGUCUCGCCUGCCGGCGCUGCUGUGGGCGUUGCGCUUAACCCAGCCCAGGCCAAGCUCUGUAUGGUGGACGAUCUGUAUGAGCAACUGACGCCGCUGGCUACGGCCUAUGCGCGCGCACGUGGCGCUGAUCGCAUGAGCAGCUUUGGUGACUUUGUGGCGUUGUCGGAUGUGUGCGAUGUGGUGACCGCUAAGAUUAUAUCGCGUGAGGUAUCCGAUGGUAUUAUUGCUGCAGGCUAUACGCCCGAAGCGCUGGAGAUUCUCAAGAAGAAGAAGAAUGGCAGCUACUGCAUUUUGCAGAUGGAUGCCAACUAUGAGCCCAGCGCCAUAGAGCGCAAGACUAUUUUCGGUCUAACAUUGGAGCAGAAGCGCAAUGAUGCUGUCAUUGAUGCUCAGCUGUUCAAGAAUGUGGUCAGCAAGCUGCAAUCCAUGCCAGAGGCUGCAGUUCGUGAUCUAAUUGUGGCCACCAUAGCCUUGAAGUACACGCAAAGCAAUUCGGUUUGCUAUGCGCGCGAUGGACAGGUCAUUGGCAUUGGUGCGGGUCAGCAGUCGCGCAUACACUGCACGCGCUUGGCGGGCGAGAAGGCAGACAACUGGUGGCUGCGUCAGCAUCCCAGCGUAGCGGGCAUGAAGUUCAAGGCGGGCGUUAAGCGCGCUGAGAUCUCCAAUGCCAUUGAUAACUAUGUGAACGGCACUGUAGGCAAGGAUAUGCCAAUGACACAGUUCCAGAGCAUGUUCGACAAGGCGCCAGAGCAGCUGACCACGGAGCAAAAGCAGCAAUGGCUAAAGCAGCUGAAGGGCGUGGCCCUAGGCUCUGAUGCAUUCUUCCCCUUCCGCGAUAACAUUGAUCGCGCCAGUUUGAGCGGCGUCUCCUAUAUUGCCAGUCCAGCGGGCUCGACAAAUGAUGCGGGCGUCAUUGCUGCUUGCGAUGAACAUGGCAUCAUUAUGGCUCACACCAAUCUGCGUCUCUUCCAUCAUUAAAUCUGCUAUCGAAACCUGCACAUAUCAUUAACAACUGCAACUGCAUUCCUUAUAUACAAUAAAGAUAGUAUCACUCCCUUGCCUUAGUUAAACAA